UCGUGUGUAGUGUGGCAGCACGCAUGGUCCUGGGGUAAACACCAUUAUCAGGAGUGUUCAGAUGCACUAUCUCUCCUGCAUAGUCGUGUGGAAGCUCAACGUGACAUGGUCACUUCAAUCUCUCUGCUCUGCACACUUCAAUAAGGCAAGUACAGUCACUGCACCAAUUGUUGUUUAAACUCGGAAACAAUUAUAAAUUGACGACUUUUGAGCUUCAGCGUGAAUGUCGGAUAAACGUGGGUUUAAAAUUGAAAAGGAUCCUAUAAGUGUCAAAUUCAAAUCCCAUUAAUUGUACAUUUCUGACUCUUUAUAAAUGCAUGAAUAUUAAUUCCCGUGGUUUGUGACUUCAGCAUUUAUUUUAAACAUAGUUAUUGUUACCAAGAAAACGACAAUCUGCACUGUUAGAUGCUGUUAGUGUGUAAAGUGUCAGAGUGAAUGUGUACGUCCAGUAAAGACAUUUAGCCGGGGAGCGAGCGCAGCAUAAGAGCCGAGAGAACAAGUGCAGAGAAUUGGGAGAGGGAGCUGCAGAGAGAGGAUAAGAAGAAACAUAUAACAUUGUUAAGGGCUUGGACACGCUAGAGGCAGGCAACAUGUUCCCGAUGUUGGGGGAGUCCAGAACCAGGGGCCACAGUUCAAGAAUAUGGAGUAAGCCAUUUAGAACGGAGACGAGGAAACAUUUUUUCUCACAGAGAGUGGUGAGUCUGUGGAAUUCUUUGUCUCAGAGGGCGGUGGAGGCAGGUUAUCUGGAUGCUUUCAAGAGAGAGCUAGAUAGGGCUUUUAAAAAUAGGGGAUAUGGGGAGAAGGCAGGAACGUGGUACUGAUUGGGGAUGAUCAGCCAUGAUCACAUUGAAUGGCAGUGCUGGCUCGAAGGGCCAAAUGGCCUACUCCUGCACCUAUUGUCUAUUGUCAUAAGUCCAAGGUGCGUUAAUAGCAAGACCUUUUACACCAUUGAUGUACAGAGGGAUCUCGGGGACCAAGUCUAUAACUCUGUGAAACUGGCAGCAGUGGUAAUGAUGGCAUACAUAACCGGGCUUUCAUCGGUCUGGGCAUUGAGUAUAAGAGUCACGUUGCAGCUUUAUAGUCGAGGCUACACUUACUGUAUUGUGUGCAGCAUUUAUAGUUUUAGCUUUUAGCAUUAGUUUGAGUUAUAGCAGUCCAUUUGACCAGAGUCCACGCCAACCAUCGAUCACCCAUUCACACUAGUUCUAUGUUAUCUCACUUCUUACACACUAGGCUAAUAUAUUUCAUCUUUAUCUGUAUUUUAAAAAUCUGAUUAAAACUUAAAUCGUGAAUUUUUAUUCUAUAGCUGUCCACUAUAUAAAUGUGAAAUAUUUAUUAUUUUAAAAGUAUUGUUGUUUUUUUAACUUUACAGGAUAAUGUCUUCCACAUAUGUGCUGUGUGUUGUAGUUUUAACACUGCUCUGUGUCUGUGGACAUUGCUCUCUGGAUUGUGAGUUCCAUUCUGAGGUCUUCGUGUGUAAUGGAGAAUCCAUGAGAGAGAUGCCAGCCCACAUUCCGUCCAACACAACGGAAAUGAACAUCAUGAAAACCAAAGUUUCCGCACUCAGGGCUGGCGUAUUUAAGGAUUAUCCAAUGUCACUGAACAGGAUGGACUUUUAUAACAAUUUGUUAGUGGCGAUAGAAAUUGGAGCUCUGGAUGGAUUGACAAAUCUGACAGUCCUUGAUAUUGGCAGUGAACCACUGGAAACACUGGAUGUUGGGAUCUUUGACAACCUUCCACAACUGACGGAUCUUUACCUCACCAGAAACUUGAUCGAGAAACUAGAAAAGGGAUUAUUUGAUAAACUUACCAAAUUAGUGCAAUUGCGUUUGCUUGGAAACAGAAUAAGGGAGUUGCCGGAUGGAAUAUUUGAUGAGCUUACACAGCUUCAGAACCUUCACCUGGGUACAAACAAGAUCCAGCAUCUAUCACUGCAAACAUUUCACAAACUUGCUCAACUCCAGAUUCUCAGACUUUUCGAAAAUCAGAUCACUGAUCUCCCAGUGGGUAUUUUUGACAAUCUCCUAGAAUUAACUGAGCUGUCUUUGGCAAAGAAUAAAAUUUCACAUCUCUCAUUUGACAUUUUUUCAAAGCUUAGCAAGUUAGAAAAGUUGUACGUGGGAAAUAACGUCAUCACAGAAGUUCCUGAGCAGCUGUUGAACAAUUUGACAAAGCUAACUCACCUGAGACUAGAGUCCAACUUGCUCUCAAAUCUUCCUGGCAAUUUAUUUGCACCAACGCCAGCCCUCAAAGAACUUAGUUUGACUGAAAACCAAUUGCUUUCUCUUGCUGACGACAUCUUCAGUAAAGUGCCCGGCCUGACGAAGCUGGAACUGAACAAGAACAAGAUCACAUUUAUUGGAAAGAAACUUUUCCGUGGCCUCACACAAUUGCUUGAACUUAAUCUCGAGGGAAACAAUAUCAGUGUGCUGCACAGUGAAACUUUUAAAGAUUUAUAUAAAUUGAAGAAGCUGAAUCUUGCUAAUAACCUUUUGUCUAAUAUACCUAAUGGAGUCUUUGACAAUUUGACAUUGCUGUCUCGCUCUGGGCUCAAUCUGCUGAAUAAUCAUCUUGUUUGUGACUGUCAGUUGAAAUAUCUCAGAGAUUGGAUCAAACUGAACUUUCACAAGGUGAAGUCACCCAACAAGUUGCUGUGUCACAGUGCUGCUCAUGUCAGCAUGAUAGUUAUUGUUGCAAGUGAUGAUGACCUGAACUGUGUGAUGACAACAGCCUCAACCACCACUCCACACGUUCCCACACUGACAACUCAAUUGUCAACAGAACCACCUCGAGAACCGACCACCACACAAGUCUCAACGCCUGUAGUGACGACUGCACUAACCACCCACAGUACCACACAACCCACCACCACACCUGUAGUGACGACUGUACUAACUACCACACAACCCACCACCACACAUGUGACAACUGUACUAACUACCACACAACCCACCACCACACCUGUAGUGACGACUGUACUAACUACCACACAAACCACCACACCUGUAGUGACGACUGUAUUAACCACCACCCAACCCACCACCACACCUGUUACGACUGUACUAACUACUACACAACCCACCACCACAUGUGACGACUGUACUAACCACCAUGCAACCCACCACCACACCUGUUACGACUGUACUAACUACCACACAACCCACCACCACACCUGUAGUGACGACUGUACUAACUACCACACAACCAACCACCACACCUGCGACGACUGUACUAACCACCCACACUACCACACAACCCACCACACCUGUAGUAACUACUGUAUUAACCACCCACACUACACACCACCACACCUGCACGACUAUUCUAUUAGCUGUCCACUAUAUAAAUGUGAAGUAUUUAUUAUUUUAAAAGUAUUGUUGUUUUUUUUACUUUACAGGAUAAUGUCUUCCACAUAUGUGCUGUGUGUUGUAGUUUUAACACUGCUCUGUGUCUGUGGACAUUGCUCUCUGGAUUGUGAGUUCCAUUCUGAGGUCUUCGUGUGUAAUGGAGAAUCCAUGAGCGAGUUGCCAGCCCACAUUCCGUCUAACACAACGGAAAUGAACAUCAUGAAAACCAGAGUUUCCGUACUCAGGGCUGGCGUAUUUAAGGAUUAUCCAAUGUCACUGAACAGGAUGGACUUUUAUAACAAUUUGUUAGUGGGGAUAGAAAUUGGAACUCUGGAUGGAUUGACAAAUCUGACAGUCCUUGAUAUUGGCAGUGAACCACUAGAAACACUGGAUGUUGGGAUCUUUGACAACCUUCCACAGCUGACGGAUCUUUACCUCACCAGUACCCUGAUCGAGAAACUAGAAAAGGGAUUAUUUGAUAAACUUACCAAAUUAGUGCAAUUGCGUUUGCUUGGAAACAGAAUAAGGGAGUUGCCGGAUGGAAUAUUUGAUGAGCUUACACAGCUGCAGAACCUUCACCUGGGUACAAACAAGAUCCAGCAUCUAUCACUACAAACAUUUCACAAACUUGCUCAACUCCAGAUUCUCAGACUUUUCGAAAAUCAGAUCACUGAUCUCCCAGUGGGUAUUUUUGACAAUCUCCUAGAAUUAACUGAGCUGUCUUUGGCAAAGAAUAAAAUUUCACAUCUCCCAUUUGACAUUUUUUCAAAGCUUAACAAGUUAGAAAAGUUGUACGUGGGAAAUAACGUCAUCACAGAAGUUCCUGAGCAGCUGUUGAACAAUUUGACAAAGCUAACUCGCCUGAGACUAGAGUCCAACUUGCUCUCAAAUCUUCCUGGCAAUUUAUUUGCACCAACGCCAGCCCUCAAAGAACUUAGUUUGACUGAAAACCAAUUGCUUUCUCUUGCUGACGACAUCUUCAGUAAAGUGCCCGGCCUGACGAAGCUGGAACUGAACAAGAACAAGAUCACGUUUAUUGGAAAGAAACUUUUCCGUGGCCUCACACAAUUGCAUGAACUUAAUCUCGAGGGAAACAAUAUCAGUGUGCUGCACAGUGAAACUUUUAAAGAUUUAUAUAAAUUGAAGAAGCUGAAUCUUGCUAAUAACCUUUUGUCUAAUAUACCUAAUGGAGUCUUUGACAAUUUGACAUUGCUGUCUCGCUCUGGGCUCAAUCUGCUGAAUAAUCAUCUUGUUUGUGACUGUCAGUUGAAAUAUCUCAGAGAUUGGAUCAAACGGAACUUUCGCAAGGUGAAGUCACCCAACAAGUUGCUGUGUCACAGUGCUGCUCAUGUCAGCAUGAUAGUUAUUGAUGCAAGCGAUGAUGACCUGAACUGUGUGAUGACAACAGCCUCAACCACCACUCCACACGUUCCCACACCGACAACUCAAUUGUCAACAGAACCACCUCGAGAACCGACCACCACACAAGUCUCAACGCCUGUAGUGACGACUGCACUAACCACCCACAGUACCACACAACCCACCACCACACCUGUAGUGACGACUGUAUUAACCACCACCCAACCCACCACCACACCUGUUACGACUGUACUAACUACCACACAACCCACCACCACACAUGUGACGACUGUACUAACUACCAUACAACCCACCACACCUGUAGUGACAACUGUACCAACUACCACACAACCCACCACCACACCUGUAGUGACGACUGUACUAACUACCACACAACCCACCACACCUGUAGUGACGACUGUACCAACUACCACACAAACCACCACACCUGUAGUGACGACUGUAUUAACCACCACCCAACCCACCACCACACCUGUUACGACUGUACUAACUACCACACAAACCACCACACCUGUAGUAACGACUGUACUAACUACUACACAACCCACCACCACACCUGUAGUAACGACUGUACUAACUACUACACAACCAACCACCACACCUGUUACGACUGUACUAACUACCACACAACCCACCACCACACGUGUAGUAACGACUGUACUAACUACUACACAACCAACCACCACACCUGUAGUAACGACUGUACUAACUACCACACAACCCACCACCACACCUGUAGUAACGACUGUACUAACUACUACACAACCCACCACCACACCUGUUACGACUGUACUAACUACCACACAACCCACCACCACACCUGUAGUAACGACUGUACUAACUACUACACAACCCACCACCAAACCUGUUACGACUGUACUAACUACUACACAACCCACCACCACACCUGCGACGACUGUACUAACCACCCACACUACCACACAACCCACCACACCUGUAGUAACUACUGUAUUAACCACUACACAACCCACCACCACACCUGUAGUGACGACUGUACCAACCACCCGUAGUACUACCCAACCCACCACCACACCUGUAGUAACGACUGUAUUAACCACUACCCAACCCACUACCACACCUGUAGUAACGACUGUAUUAACCACUACCCAACCCACCACCACACCUGUAGUAACGACUGUACUAACUACUACACAACCCACCACCACACCUGUGACGACUGUAUUAACCACCCCAACUACCCCAGAACCAACGAGCACACCUGAAGUUUCAACUACAACCAAGAGUUCUACAGGUGUAGUCACCACAAAGAUCUUUACAACCGCCCCUAGUGUGACGACUAAUGCUGCAGCUUGGUCCACAGCAGCUUGGACCGCGUCUCUGACCACAACACAGGGAGUGAAGCAACUCAUUAGCACAACGCCAAAGCUCUGCCCGGCCUUGGAUUCAGUGAAUCUUACACAAUACGCUUCAGACACAGCAUGUGGACAGACCCCUAAUCCAGAAUUCUCCACCUCUGCCCAAACAUCAAGUGUGCACAAUGUAAUCCCACCGCUGUCUCAAACAGAAACCAUGGCUGUCCAGAGGAAGGAACCCUGCAAGUUCUAUGCUAUAUUUUAUCUAAUCAUUCUGCUGUUUCAAAUAAUCUUUACAUUCACUCUACUGUGGCAUGAAUGGAGACUUUAUAAAUCACUCUUUUACAGAAAGAAAAAGCAGGUUUCCAUUAAACUGAUCAGUUUUCAAGACAACAAAUCAUUUUUAAGGUAGACACAAAAUGCUGGAGUAACUCAGCGGGACAGGCAGCAUUUCUCUGGAGAGAAGGAAUGGGUAUCGUUCCCGGUCGAGACCCUUCUUCAGAAUGAGAGAUAGAGAGGAUCAGAACAAAACAGGGCCGGUCAAACAGAUGACCUCAGGAAGGGUGGAGCCCACAAUGUCCCAUUGUGGGCUGGGGAAGAUGUGCUGAUGAGGGGGACACAAGGAUGCGGACAGUGGAACUAGUAGAACGACUAGGAUGUGGGUGGGAGGGGGAGAGAAAUGCAGGAAUUUUUUUUAAUUUAAAAAACAUCUUAGAGAGUAGCAUCACGUAUUACAUGGUUUAAAACAUGAUCAGAAUCAGAAGCCUUCCACCACAGUGAAGAAUGCUGUGGUGGGUGUUUGUGUUAAAUUUUAUUGUGUAUUGUGUGUUCUUUUUGAUUGUACCACUGCUGGCAAAUUCAUUUCACUGCACUUUAUUGUGUAUGUGAUUAAUAAAUCUGAUUGAUUGAUUGAUUGAUUGAUUGAGUUGGAGCAAAUGAGUGAGACCACACCUGGAGCACCGUGGGCAGUUCAGGUCGCCCAGCUACAGAAAGGAUGUCCUUGAGUUGAAAAUAAAUUCACAAGGAUGUUACCUGGGCUUGUGGGCUUGUGUUACAUGGAGAGGAUGGAUAGGCUGGGGCUUUUUUCUUGGGCAUGUAGGAGGCUGAGGGGUGACCUUAUUGAGGUGUACAAGAUCAUGUGGGGCAUGGAUAAAGUGAACGCUCACUGUCUUUAUCCCAGGGUAGAGGAUUCUAAAACUAGAGGGCACAGGGUUAAGAGGAGAGAUUCAAGAGUGGUGCAGGCUCAAAGGGCCAAAUGGCCUCCUCCUGCACCCAUUUUCUAUUUUUUCUAUGUUUGACCUCAGGGGCAACCUGGGCCAUGUUUUCACACAGUGUAGUCAGUAUCUGGAGUGAGCUGCCAGAGGAAGCAAUAGACGAGGAUGCAUAUAUCCUGGAAUCAUUGCUACGUUAGUUUAGUUGAGUUUAGUUUAUUGUCACGUGUGGCCUUUUGUUACCUGCUAACACGUUAGCGCAAAGACAAUUACAAUUACAAUCCACCCAUUCAAAGUGUAUGGAUACCAUUAUAGUCACCAGGCAGUUUUUCUUUGUGUUUUUUAGUUUGUUGUUAAAUGUAUGUUUUAGUGUUCUCUAACUUUGGGGGGGGGGUGUUGGGGAAACUUUGUAUUAAUCUCGUACCUCGAUGGAGAUGCGAGUUUUUUACUAUAUUGCAUCUCCGUCCGCGCUGCAGCCUACCAUCGUGGAGCUGGCGGCCUCUUGCUGGGAAUCGCGGGAGCUUCGACCGCCCUGACUGCGGAUGGUUCGCCUGCCCGACCAUGAGAGAACAAAGAGUGAACAGUUUAUAUGAACUUUUAUGUAGUUGUGUGUCUUGUUGCUUUUUCUAGGAUGACUGUAUGGUAAAUUGAGUUUCACUGUACCUUAACUGGUACACGUGACUUUUGAACCUUUGAUCUUAGUGUACUGGGCUAUCAGUGGAUAACGAGUCUGAUCCCAAUUAAACCUCCCAAACUCCGUCAAACGCUCACACUUUCAGCUAUAAAUGUAUAAACUGCAAUUUUUUUAAAUUAUUGUGCCAUUUGAAACAUAAUUAGCCCGAGCAUCCAAUUAUUGACAAAUUCAAUGCUUAUUACUUGUGAUUUUGAAAUUAAUAAACAAUUGU